UUUAAGUACAUAACAAGGAAAAUAAAACAAAUGUCAUUUUAGUACUUAAAGUAAAAUAGAGUAGAUAUUAAAUGUCGAUAGUUAAGAACAUGUUCUGUUCCUUAUGUCGGUGAUACCGGAAAACAAGCGAAGAAUUAGUUGAUACUACGAAAAAAUGCACAGAAGUUACAUCAAAAAAGCAAUCCAAAUAUACAAAUACUAUUUUACUUCCACAAACUAAAUUUCCUGCACAACUUAAUGGGAAAGCACGAAUAGACACAGAUAAACAUUUGACUGAAAAGUGUGGCUUUUCUGAAUUGUACGAAUGGCAAAGAAAAAAUCUGUCAGGGCCAGAGUUUGUUUUACAUGAUGGACCUCCUUAUGCAAAUGGAAUACCUCAUAUGGGACAUGCCAUUAAUAAAAUUCUGAAGGAUAUAACAUUAAGAUAUAAGAUUAUGAAUGGGAAUCGAGUUCAUUAUGUACCAGGUUGGGAUUGUCAUGGACUACCAAUUGAAUUGAAGGCCAUUAAAGAUUAUAAAAGUACAGAUAAUCCUUUAGUGAUUAGGCAGAAAGCUCGUAAAUGUGCUGAAGAAGCUAUUGUUAAACAGAAACAAGCUUUCCAAUCAUGGGGCAUUACAGCCAAUUGGAAUGAAUCUGGAUGUUACUUUACUAAUCAUGCAUCAUAUAUAAAAAAUCAAUUUCACCAAUUUCUAAAAUUGUAUGAGAAGGAUAUUAUAUUUAGGGAUUUUAUGCCAGUCUAUUGGUCUCCUUCUUCAAGAACAGCAUUAGCUGAAUCUGAAUUGGAAUAUAACGAGCAACAUCAAAGUAAAACUGUGACUGUUCGUCUACGUGUUAAUGACAUACCAGAAAGAUUAAAUUCAUUUAAAAAUCGUGCUAUAUAUGCAUUAAUAUGGACCACUACACCGUGGACUUUAGUAGCUAAUCAAGCUGUAUCUUUCUGUACAGAUAUUACAUAUUGUCUUGCUGAAGACCAUAAAAAAGACUUAUAUGUUGUUGCUGAAGAAUUAUUAAAAUCUACUGAAUCAAAGAUUGGACCUUUGAAAUCAGUAAUAUCAUUCAAAGGCAGAGAAUUGGAGGAUUGUACAUAUUUUCAUCCCUUUAUGGAACAAAAAUGUCCUUUUUUAGCUGCAAAUCAUGUUACAAUAGAUAAAGGAACAGGUUUAGUUCAUACUGCUCCUGCACAUGGUCCAGAAGAUUUUCUGGUCGCGCUUAAAAAUAAAAUUAGUAUUUUAUCUGUGGUAGACUCCGAAGGUCGAUAUACUGAAGCAGCUGGUCCAGAAUUUCACGGAUUAGAAGUAUUAACAGAGGGAGUUGAUAAAGUGAUGAGUCUUCUAGCUCAAGAUAUACUACAUAUGGAAGCAUUAACACACAGUUAUCCAUAUGAUUGGCGAACAAAACAACCAGUUCUUAUUCGUGCUAGUCAUCAAUGGUUUAUUAAUAUAAAUUCUAUCAGGGAAAAAAUUAUUAAUAGCACUAAAGAUGUGAAUAUAUAUCCUGAAUGUAAUCGUAAAUCUUUUAUGAAUGCUUUGCUUGCUGGAAUAAGGAAUCGACCGUAUUGGUGCAUUUCACGACAACGUUCUUGGGGAACACCUAUACCUGUGGUAUAUAGCAAAACAACAGGCAAACCAUUUACGAAUAAAGAAUUAAUUGAUUGUUUAUGCGAUUCGAUAGAUCGAUAUGGUCCCGAUUGUUGGUGGCAAUAUUCUGUGAAAGAUUUAAUAGGAUUAGAUAUAAUUAAAAAAUUAAAUAUUGAUGCAGAUGAUAUAGUAAAAGGAAAUGAUAUCAUGGAUAUUUGGUUCGACAGCGGAAUUUCAUGGUCAAUGGUUUUGCCAGAAGAAAAAGCAAAUCUUUAUUUAGAAGGAUAUGAUCAAUUCAAUGGUUGGUUCCAGUCAUCCUUAAUAACAUCUAUAGCUUUACAGGGAUGUUCACCUUAUAGUGAUUUAUUUGUACAUGGAUUUGCAGUCGAUGAAAAUGGUUUAAAAAUGUCAAAAUCAAUAGGAAAUGUAAUAAAUCCAGAACAAAUUUUGCUAGGUGGAUCUAAUUUAAAGAAAAAUCCAGCAUAUGGUGUCGACAUUUUAAGAUGGUGGGUAGCUAAUCAUAGUUGUCAGAAUAAACAAGCGCUAGUUUCAAAAAAUUUACUCGAUGAUUGUAAGCAAUGCGUCAAUAAACUUCGUUUAAUACUGCGCUUUCUCCUGGGUGCUUUACAUCAUUAUCCUGAUAUGAAUUGUAAGCCUGAAUAUCGGAUUAUUGACAAAUAUAUGCUGUACUUAUUAUAUUCCUAUAAUAAACAGAUGCAAAAAUAUUACAACAAUUAUGAGUAUCAUCAUGCGGGGAAAAAGAUUAUAGAUUUUAUAUCACAUGAUGUAUCAGCUCUUUAUUGUACUAUAAUUAAAGAUAGACUUUAUUGUGAUGAGAUAACGUCUCCGACACGCAUUGCAGCCGUGCAAGUUAUAAAAGAAAUUCUAAAUGUUCUUGUAAGAUCCAUCGUACCAAUUCUGCCUCAUUUGGCAGAAGAAGUAUGGCUAUAUCAUUCCCAAAAUUUCGCAUCGAUACCAUUACAUUAUACGCAAUAUAAAAUAUCGGAGUCAUGGAAUGAUCCAGGAAUCGAACAACACAUAAGUGUAGCACUUCGAUUGAGAAAUAAUGUUUUAAAAAUCAUUAAUAAAACUUCAUGGAAAUUGUAUGGUGUUGUAGAAGCUACAAAAGAAGAUUUCACCUUACUUUCUCUUCUUCACGACAAAGAACAACCAUCAAUGUCUGAAUUAUGUGAGAUACUACAACUCUCUUCAGUUACAUUACAUGAGAAUCAUACGAUCAACGAAACAGAAAUCCAACUACAUGACAUUCAGGAGGAGUUGUGCGAACGUUGUAGAAGAUAUCCUGAACCUCAAAAAGAUAAUCUAUGUUCACGUUGUGUUGAUGUACUUGCUAAAAAUAAACAAAUGGUUGCAGCUGUGUAAUAAUUUUUU